ACCGCUUGAAGUGGCUACACUUCUCCUCGUGCAGUCAUUCUCCUCGCAUUCGCCCCUCGGCCGCUCCUCUCAGUGUUCCGCGCGAUAUCAUGCCUGCUCCCACUGCCCUCGUGCUCGUAGCGCUGGUCCUCGCGGGAGUGCAGUUGUGCCUGGCGGGGCCCAACUCCGGCUACGACGCGUCGUUCAACAAGCACUUCCGCCUGCCGUCAUUCUGCAAUGGCACGGAGUGCCAGGUCGGACCAGACGGCACGGUCUCGCUCACCGCCGCCCAGAACAAGAUGGGAGCGUUCGAGUCGAAGAGCUACUUUCAGUACGGCAUCUUCGAGGUGAAGAUGAAGCUGCCGCCGGGGUACUCGGGCGGGCUCAUCCCGUGCAUCUACCUCAUCUCGGGCGAGGGGCUGGACUACCGCGACGUGCACGACGAGAUGGACUUCGAGUUCCUCGGGUGGAACGACCCCUCCAAGAUCAAGAUCCAUACCAACGUCAUCGCUGGGGGGUACACGUUCGUCGAGCAGUACAAGUUCGCGUUCGACCCGUCGGCCGACUUCCACACGUACACCAUGGUCUACGCGCCCAACUGGGUGGUGUGGAAGAUCGACGGCCAGCCCAUCCGCAUCACGUGGCGCGAACCCGGCAAGCCAUUCCCCUCGCUCCCCAUGAAAGUCAUGGGGUCGAUCUGGGACGCGUCGUACUGGCUGCCGUGGAAGAGCGAUUACUCCAAGGGCAACGUGACCGUCAAGUUCCGUCGCUUCGACCUGAAAGACGCGUGCCGCACCGACGACCCCAAGCUCAAGCCCGCCUGCGCCUUCCGCAAAGACGCGCGCAAGGGCGCGUGGCUGAAGCGGCCCACGCGGAAGGAUAUUGCGCGCGCCAAGCGGCACAGAACAAUGUACCUUUACAGAGAGUAUGGCGGAUGGAAACAGGUGGUGUAGAGAAAAUAGAAGCGUGACUUGCGGUACAUCGUGAGAGUAGGGCUAAGCUGAUCGCGUCGCGGGUUAGAAUCCAGGUUAGGAAUGCGGUAGAGAAAUGAUCUGGUAUUAGCACGACCACUAGCUUGUUUAGAUUCAUGUAGGGGAUUGUGCCCAUCAUAAUAUUGAUUUGAUUUGUUUAGUUUCCUGUAAAUCUAGUAUUGGUUGUGUCUGGAAAAUCAUAUUUUGACUCG